CUUGUUCAUAACCCUCACAAUCUCCGAGCACGCGUUCGCGGAGUGUCAUUCCCAUUCAGUCAUUGCCGAUUCGAAACAGUUCGAAGAUCGAUUUCAUCAGCCGGCCGCCGUAGUUGAAUGUGCAGUGAAUAACUUAGAAUCACCUCAUCAUGUCGUGGAUAUUCGGAUAUGGCAAAAAACAGCCGGACAAUACGGCAAUGCCAACUGGUUUGGAAGGUUUGAGUGCUCCACCCGCUGGCGGCGCCGGCAGUCCCGAUGUGCCCAACCUUUCCAGAGCAGAAAAGAAGGCCAUGGAAGCGUACCGUUUUGAUUCAUCUGCUCUCGAGCGAGCUGCACAAGCCGCACGUGAAUUAGAACGCUCCAGCCAUGCCAAAGAUGCAUUGGAAUUGUCCAAGCUCCAGGAGGCGACGCGUCAGUCCGAAUAUCAAGCCAAGGUGAAGGAGUAUGAGGCACAUAUUGCCCAGAUGCAGGUGGAGCAGAAGAGGACAGAGGGUGAAGAGAAGAGGAAAUAUCUUGCUGAGGAGACCAAACAACAUCAGAGCAGGGCACAGUAUCAGGAUCAAUUGUCCAGGAGGAGAUAUGAAGAUCAACUUGCCCAGCAACAGAAACAGAAUGAAGAAAAUCUUAAAAAGCAAGAAGAAAGCGUGGCGAAACAAGAAGCAAUGCGUCGUGCAACAAUCGAACACGAGAUGGAUCUGCGACAUCAAAACGAGAUGAAACGCGUCGAAGCUGAAUUACGUGCAAAAGCUAAAGUUGAUCGCGAGAAUCGCGACUUGACUCUGGAGCAGAUCCGUCUGAGAGCGAACGAAAACCGUUUGACUGUCAUGGAAGGCAUCAAAACCGCCGGUACUGUGAUUGGUGAAGGCGCUCAGGCAAUGUUAACCGACUGGAAUAAAGUUGUCACUGCCGUCGGUGGUUUGUCUCUACUUGCGUUGGGUAUUUAUUCUGCUAAAGGUGCAACUGGUGUAACCGCAAGAUAUGUCGAAGCCCGUUUAGGGAAACCAUCUCUUGUCAGAGAAACUUCCAGAUUUUCCUUCCUAGAAUCAAUCAAGCAUCCAAUUGAAGCGUUCAAGCGAAUACGCGAAAAGCAAGGCGACGCACUCGCUGGAGUUGUCCUCGCGCCGAAACUGGAAGAGCGCAUGCGUGACAUCGCCAUUGCCACGAAGAAUACGAAACAAAAUCGCGGUAUGUACCGGAAUAUUCUCAUGCAUGGACCGCCCGGUACGGGUAAAACUAUGUUUGAAAAACUCGCCAAGCAUUCCAAUAUGGACUAUGCUAUUUUGACUGGUGGUGAUAUUGCACCCAUGGGUAGAGAUGGUGUUACUGCUGUGCAUAAGGUGUUUGACUGGGCAAGGGGUACUCGUAAGGGGUUGAUUCUUUUCAUUGACGAAGCAGAUGCUUUCUUGAGGAAGCGUUCGUCAGAAAAUAUCUCUGAGGAUUUGAGAGCUACGUUAAACGCGUUUUUGUACCGUACCGGUGAGCAGAGUGGUAAAUUUAUGUUGGUAUUAGCGUCGAAUACUCCGGAACAGUUUGAUUGGGCUGUCAAUGAUCGUCUGGACGAAAUGGUGGAGUUUACUCUGCCAGGAUUGGAGGAGCGUGAGCGUUUGAUGAGGCUGUACUUUAAAAAGUUUGUGCUGGAACCAGCAGCGGAGAAUUUACGACGGUUGAAGGUUGAUCAGUUUGACUACAGUGCUCUGUGUAGCAAAAUGGCGGGUAUGACGGAGGGUAUGUCUGGACGUGAAAUUGCUAAAUUAGGUGUGGCGUGGCAAGCGGCUGCGUACGCCAGCGCGGACGGUUUGUUAACCGAGAAGAUGGUUUUGGAUAGGUGUUUGGAUGCAAUUAAACAGCACAAACAAAAGGUUGAGUGGCAAUCUGAACAAGAACGCCGUGAGGCCAAGAGCAUUUAUCACUCAGAAAAAGAAGAUUCGUACAUCCCGGUGCUUGAAAAGGAGGGAUCUACGCCUGUAGGCGCUGCAACCAAAUGAACAAACCCAUACUCGCAUACCACCAACACAUAAUAACAUUUUGACGAAUUCGUAGGCAACUUGUGAUAUCUCUCCAAUUUAGAUUACACGCGCUCGCAUUCAGUCCGCCCCGCUGGUUUUAUAAAACUCACACGCGUAGUUGUAUUAAAUAAUUGUUGUCGUGUGUACGAUACUUGCUUGAGCAGUGUACAUUGAGCCUCGAAUCACAUUCUCGCGUGCAUUGCUCAAGUUUGUAGCACAUGGAAUAUAGUAGCGCGAAUAUUUUUUUAUGAGUUUCAUGGGGUCUGGAUUGAAUGUGAGGGCGUGUCUUGCAUUUGGUCGCGAUUUUGUGAUUUGUGUCGGCCGUUUGCUUCAGCGUUUUUUGUUUAUGAAGCAAAGGUGAUCGAAUCUGCGAAGUCGCAAUGCGCAAAGUGCGUUCCGGUUGCGGCAGGAUUUAUAUUAAACUCUGUUGGGGCGCCGCGCAUCCUCCACUGCUACAAAUUAGUUUUUAAGGACUGUAAAAAUUAUAUCAAAGAUAUAUGGUGUGCUAGUGACGAGAAAAUAUUUGUAAAAAAGGAACCAAGCCAAAAUAUAUUUCUUUUGUACAGUA